AUGUGUGGUCGUUCUGGCAGUGGAUCGCGCAAUUGGUACCAUCAACCGGCGACAAUGAAACCUGACAUGACCCAGAGACGACAAUGAUGGCCCGCAGCGGCAUUUAUCAGCUCUACAGGAGUGCACGGCAUCUUGAGAUCCUCAAUACUGAUCUCCUCGAAAAGCCACAUUCCUGCUGUCGUAGAGAAUCGAAUCUGGUUGUCAAUCAUUGAUUUUUCUUGAAAAGCAUCUUGUCUCCCCUAUAUCGACGUUGUCAUCUCCCUUGAAUCACUCCAUUUCCUCACUUAAAGAGGGUUCCCAAACAAGCCGAGCCUGCCAUGCAAUCGGCGAACUCUUCGGAGAAGGCGGCUGUGCCUCCGACCGAGUCGAGAUCUGUCAACCUCGAUGAUGAGAAAGCAGUCGAGAGCUCGGCGGUGAGCACACAACUUGAUGGCUCCGGUGCUGAACCAGUGGAGGAGCGUAAAAUCAAAGGACUCAAGUGGGUGCUUGUGGUCACUGCCAUCCUCUCCAGUCAUAUGCUUUUCGCCCUCGACAACACCAUCACCGCCAACCUGCAGCCGGCGAUCAUCGAAACCUUCAAGCAGGCCGACGAGAUUUCAUGGCUGUCCACCGGAUUCGCCCUCACCUCAUCAGCCCUCGUGCUUCCCUGGUCAAAGAUGUACGGAUCGUUCAACGCAAAGUGGCUGUACAUCGGUUGUGUCGUGGCCUUCAUGGUAGGCUCCGCCCUCUGCGGCGCCGCCAACAACAUGACUGCAGAGAUCAUCGGACGUGCGAUCGCCGGUGGUGGAGGGAGCGGAAUGUACUUCGGCGUCCUCACCAUGCUCUCGGUGACGACCACAGUCCAGGAACGUCCGUCCUACAUCGGCUUGACCGCCAUUUCCUGGGGUAUCGGCACCGUUACUGGACCCGCCAUAGGUGGCGGUUUCGCCGAGAGCUCAGCCACUUGGCGAUGGGGCUUCUACAUCAACUUGGUGGUCGGAGCUAUCUUUGCACCGGUCUAUGUAUUCAUGCUGCCCCAGCACGACCCACUGCCAAACAUCCCGUGGAUCGCCCGCAUGAAACGCAUUGACUGGACCGGCAUUGUCAUCUUCACAGCCGCUCUUGCAUGCCUGCUGAUGGCCAUCGAUUUCGGUGGUGUUCAGUGGCCGUGGAACAGCGGUUCAUCUAUUGCACUCUUCAUCGUUGCCGGCGUCCUAUUCAUCGCGUUCGGAAUCCAGCAAUCGUUCUGCAUCUUGUGCGACGAGACGACCCGCUUGUUUCCAGUCCACUUCCUCAAGCGUCGGUCUCUCAUCAUCUUGUUCAUUUUGAACACCUGUGCCAGCAGUGGCCUUUUCAUCUCGGUCUACUACAUUCCCCUGUUCUUUCAGUUCACCAGGGGAGACAGCGCCGUCACGGCCUCAGUGCGGCUGCUACCCUUCGUCAUGGUCUUGAUUUUCGUCAUCAUUCUAAAUGGCCAUCUCAUGUCCCGUCUUGGUUAUUACAUGCCGUGGUAUCUCCUCGGAGGUAUCUGCGAGCUGGUAGCCGCGGCGUUGAUGUACACCGUCAAACGGGAGACCAGCGUUGCCAACGUCUAUGGCUACACUGCGUUAAUGGCCAUCGGUGUGGCCGCGUUCAACCAAGCAGGUUACAGUGUCGUCCAAGCUAAAGUGAAGCCCGAAGAGAUCCCGUACGCUCUAGGCUUCAUGAUGGUCUCGCAGCUUGGCGGAAUUGUCAUUGCGCUCGGCAUUGCAGGAGCCAUCUUCGUCAACAAAUCCGUCAAGGGUCUCGAGCUCCUGUUGCCCAAUGUCGCCGAUGCCGAUGUUCGCGAUGGAAUUGCCGGCACGAGCAGCACCUUCUUUCAAAAUUUAUCGCCAAGCGACAAGAUUGCAGCUUUGGACGUCAUUGUUGCGUCCAUUGCUGACGUCUACGUUCUGCUGAUCGUCGCCGGAGCCAUCACCGUGGUUGGAUCGAUCUUCCUCAAGCGCGAGAAGCUUUUCAUUCAGGCGGCCAUGGGCGGUGCUUGA